AUGUCUUCCUCCCUUCAUCAAUUAAAGGCCACUGGCACGGCGACUUUGCAAGUACGUCUUAUCACCAUAGGCAAAUAUAAGCCUCAAGAUGCCACUACCAACCCUUCGUUAAUCCUCGCCGCUUCGAAGAAGCCAGAAUACGCCAAGUUGAUCGAUACAGCAGUUGAAUACGGAAAGAAACAAGGCAAGACUAUCGACGAACAGGUCGAUGCCACUCUCGACCGUCUUUUGGUCGAGUUUGGCAAAGAGAUCUUGAAGAUCAUCCCCGGCAAAGUCUCAACUGAAGUAGAUGCCCGCUUCUCCUUCGAUACCAAAGCCUCCGUUGAUAAGGCUCUCCACAUCAUUGAACUCUACAAGGCCGUUGGAGUCCCUAAAGAACGUGUCUUGAUCAAAGUCGCAUCUACAUGGGAAGGCAUCCAAGCCGCCCACAUUCUCCAAUCACAGCACGGUGUCAACUGCAACUUGACAUUGAUGUUCUCGCUAGUCCAAGCCAUUGCUGCUGCUGAAGCUGGCGCAUACCUCAUCUCCCCGUUCGUCGGCCGAAUCCUCGACUGGUACAAAGCAGCCAUGAAGAAAGACUUCAGCCCUGAAGAAGACCCUGGAGUCAAGAGCGUGCAGAACAUCUUCAACUACUACAAGAAAUACGGUUACAAGACCAUAGUCAUGGGUGCCUCCUUCCGGAAUACCGGGGAAAUCACCGAAUUAGCUGGAUGCGACUAUUUGACCAUCUCGCCCAACCUCCUCGAAGAACUCUACAACUCUACCGCAGCCGUCCCCAAGAAGCUAGACGCUGCGGGCGCUUCCAGCCUCGACAUCCCCAAGCGCACGUACCUCCACGACGAAGCCACCUUCCGCUUCGAGUUCAACGAGGAACAAAUGGCUGUCGAGAAGCUGCGGGAGGGUAUAUCCAAGUUUGCUGCGGAUGCAGUUACCCUCAAGAACAUUCUCAGAGAGAAGAUCAGCUCGUAGAUCCGAGCUCUGCUUUUGUUUAUGUAUUGAAUACAAAUUUGUAUCAGGAGGUACAAAGGAAGCGAAAGGAAACGAAAUAAAAACCGCUUGCUGCGUGCGCGUGUAUUCCGUGCAUGAACCUUUUAUCUUCUUGUCCCUUUUUUCCUUCUUUCUUAAUUUUACAAAAAUGGCAUAAGUUCAUGCAGGGUCUUUUUUUUUUUUCAUACGCCUCUUUCGUCCCCUAUUUUGCUCGUUAUUGAACUCCCAAGGAAGUACAUAUAUAUCAAAUUACAUCAAAUUGGAGCUUCCUCGCAAACAAUUGAAUACUUUACUCCCGUUUUCUUUGGAUUCCGCAAGAGGUCGACAAGACUGAACACUCCCCAUAUUAAACAUAUCAUGGAAAAGUCAAUAGGGUUGACUAGAAGGAAAAUUAGGAAGAGGGGUGGUGCGUUUUGAGAACAUAACUCCUUUCAGCACACGCCUGUAGAAAAUCAAUAUUUGAAAUAUCAAAUACUAAUGUCAGAGCUACCGACUUCCAUCCAACUAAUCGAAAAGUACAGUAC